CAUAUGGGGCAACACCCUCUUUUGUACGCAUAGCUGCUCUCACAAUUAAGAAUUGAAGAGACAGAUCUGAACCGCGUAGUCUCGCGAUUUAAAACGAUUUACAGAUGCAGUGGUCUUCUCAAAAGGCGUAUACUCCUACGUCACAUGUUUCAUUCUUGUGAACAGAGCGAUAGGAGCGAAGCCUUGACCGAGGGCGGUUGACGACCGAGUUUGCAACUAUCAAUGGGAGCCGCAUGCUCUCGCUCUCCCGGCGGGUUUGAUGUCCCGCCAGACGCCUUCCUGCCCCACUACUCGCUCGCCUCGCUGGGCACUCGCGCCGUGGCCGGCCCCUUCCUCAAACUGGUUUCGUACGACCCAGCUACCGGCAUCUACCGCUGGUCCGUACUCGUGAUCUGCACCCGCGCCGCGGAGCAGAAGCUGCUGGCAGCUAACAACAGUGGCGGCGCGCCGGUGCUGACACCAAAGCUGACGUGGGGGGAGCUGCGCGCCAGUGGCGGCGGCGGCAUGGCAGCGCUGCCGAACUCCACGGAGGGGGAGCUGCUGCACUGGUGGCGGGACUGGCGGUUCUGGCGCUUCCGAGCCGAGACCACGCUGCGGGAUGUGCCUCAGCGCCUCACGUAUGCGCUCAACGUGCUGCCCUCUGCGCGCUUCACCUUCCACCUGCCCUCGCGCUCCGCGGGCGCCUGGCGCUGGGCCUUCCACUCCUGCAACGGGCUGGAUAGCCUGGACAACGUGCCCAAGAGCAAUGGGCUGCAGCCGCUGUGGCAGGACGUGCUGGCGCGGCACGCCGAGGCGCCGCUGCAUGUGCUGGUGGGCGGCGGCGACCAGCUGUACAACGACUCGGUGUUCAACGGCCCCCAGCUCAAGGGCUGGGACCAGACGCUGUCGCAGGUGGAGACGGCGGCCAAGGCCGCGCUGCCCUUCACGCCAGAGAUGAAGGACGAGGUGGAGGAAUACUUCUUCGCGCACUACGUGCUCCAUUUUAGUCAGCCCUACCUCGGCGCCGCGCUGGCCACCAUCCCCUCCGUCAACAUCUGGGACGACCACGACAUCGUGGACGGCUGGGGCAGCUACCCGCCCCUCAUCCAGAACGCGCCCGUCAUGCAGGGCCUGUUCGCGGCGGCGCACCUGUUCUACUUGCUGUUCCAACAGCACACCACGCCGCUCAAGGCCGUGGAGGACGGCUUCUGGUGCGGCAGCAGUCAGCUGCACUGCUUCGGGUCGCGCACCGCCGUGCUGCUGCCGGACUCCAGGUACAGGCGCACCAUCGAGCAGGUGCACCCGCCGGAGCUGUACGUGGAGGUGGAGCGGCGACUGAGGGCGCUGCCGGCGUCCGUGAGUCACGUGGUGGUGGUGCAGGCCAUUCCGGUGCUGUACCCCAAACUCGACGUCCUCAAGGAGCUAACGAAAUUGAGCAAGGAGGCCACGGAUAACGACCUGGUGGCCAAGCUGAUUGGCAAGACCGGCAUCAUCCGCAAGAUACCCAUGCGCUUCGGACAGGUGGAGGUGCUUGACGACCUGCUGGACCACUGGGACUCGCGCCAGCACGCGGCGGAGCGGGACACGUACAUCCGCCUCAUGCAGGGUCUGUCCGCCGAGCGCGGCUUCCGUGUGUCGUUCCUGUCGGGCGACGUGCACUGCGCCGGCUACGGCAUGUUCCACGACUCGGGCGGGCGGCACGGCGGUGACGAGGCGGUGGAGCACAUGCGGCUGCCCAAGGGCGAGGCGCUGGCGCGAGACCCCAAGUUCAUGCCGCAGAUCAUCAGCUCCGCCAUCACCAACGUGCCGCCGCCGGCCUUCGUGCUGGACGCGCUGCGGGAGGAGGCCGAGGAGCCGCGGCUGCUCAUGGGGGACACUGUGGCGCGCAUGGUGGCUCUGCGGCGUCACGCGGUGGUGGGCACCGCGGACGACGACACGCUGCUGGUGGGGGAGCGCAACUGGUGCCUGGUCAGCGAGCCGCCGCCGCCGCCGCCGCCCAGCCAGGGCAUCACGGACACACUCAAGCACCUGAUGGACGACGGCGUGGGGCCGUCGGGGGCGCUGCACUUCACGCUGCGGUGCGAGAAGAAGCUGGGGACGGGCAAGAUGCACGCGUUCACGCUGGAGGUGCCGCCGCUGCAGCGGUAGCUGCGCGUUGGUUGCAGCAGUGGCGGAAAAUCAAGGGAGUGAUUUCUAGGAAACGCUGGGGGAUGGGUGCUUUUUUUGCUGCGUUGACGUUUACUGUGCCGCUGUACGGUGUUAAAUGGGAAGUGGAGCCGGAGGCGCUUGGGGCCGUCAAUGAGGGCGGGCGCGGGGGGUGGGGGUGGGGGUUAACAGACACUACCUAAAGAGGGGGUAAAUUCACACGGGGAGGGCACCAUGCCGAGGGGUCUGAAUAUGUUCCCCUCACUCAUGUGGCCGAGUUAGCUACUCGGACAAGUUGCAAUGGCUUUUACAUGCUACAUAUGUCAUAGAUAUCAGUAGACAUUUACGUUUGCUGACGAGCGUGCAAAUAGAUGUUGAAUGCUUUGCGCCAACGGACCCUGUAGCUCCGAUACAAGGCUCAAUCUAACGUUUAGCAACCAUAAAGUCUUCCAACGUGCGAUUUAGGCUCAAAGCAUCCCUUUGGAGACUAGUCGUCACCUAGAGCCGGGAUCGCGAGGAGGCCUCCUCUUCGUUCAACAAGUAGUUUUACAACAUCCGCCGAUCUUUAUAAAUCGACGGCAGCAAAGGAUGUUGGAAUUCGUGCCCUCCAGGGCAACAUGCUUUCAAUGUGCGGACAGACAGGCUAAUCUGAGCCCCUGUCUACUCGUUUCACGUUAUAUACAUAUACAAUAGACGCUUUAGCUAGUCGGCCGGCUAGAAUACGCAUGUCGGUUUGGACAAGUUUUGGUCCAUGCGUGCCCACCUGUGCGGACAAACACGCGGGUUGUUCUCCCAGCCCGCAUAAUAUUUCACCCCCCUGAGUUCACAGAAUCCAUAUGGAUAGUGCCCGCCAUGCUUCAUAAGAUUUUAGGAGGGAUCUGCUGAAGUCUGGGGUCAGUGAUUCCCCUUUCUGACACGUUUUGUACCCCCCAUCUUGCAAGCCAUAUAACGUUUGCCCGACAACUUGCGGAGAGACCGGGAGCAUCAAGUGUUUGCUCAGCACGUACACCAAGUUUGGUGUCUCCGCAAGUUGUCGGGCAAAAGUUAUCAAGGGGUAAAAAGUGCACUUUUGCACCUAGGGUGCCUCCCCCGUGUGGGGUAAAUUGCUUUCAAGGCGAAGUGCGAGAACCGGCAGGAUGAGCGCUGUGACCUGGACGUGACGUGACUAAAACAGUAUAUCUGAAUGCUGCGGCGGGUGGAGUGUGUGUGUGUGUGUGUGGACGUGGCGGCGGCGCGUGUUGUGCCGUUGGUGCGUGUAACUGCGCGCGUGCGGCCGGGGGUGCGUGCAGCGUGCGUCAGGUCGUGCCUGCUUGGAUGUUGAGAGGGCAGGAUGGGGCACGAUUACCGCAAAUCACAUGCGAAGUUAUAUUCAAAUGUGCCGGCUUCCCAACGGGGAGCGGUGGCAUGUACGUGUGACUAAGGCGCGCGAAAGAGUGAAACCUACGU